ACAGUAUUUAGCACACCGACCAGAAACAUUGGAUCCACAUUUGGCUCUCAUUUUGCUUCAAUAUCUCGGCAGUGUAUCGCAGAAGAGGGUGACAGAAACUGACCGUUAACCGGUGGCUUCUAUAGGAACAUCGUCAUGGCGGAUCCUUCUGACGCAAAGCACGACGUGAUGCACUUCUGAAGCAAUGGAAUAACCUAUGGGGGAAGAAGACUAAGCUCAUUGAACAAAUUUCGGGCAUAGACGCAUAUCUUCAAGGGAUCAGCAUACAGAUCGCAGAAUGCUCCGCUAUACACUAUCUCCCUGACGAGAUAUUGACGAUGAUCUUCGUCCAUGCCAUAGGGGCUCCGCGCUACUUGUGUACUCCAAAUACUGCCGUGGAGAUAUCUCACGUCUGUCGGCGGUGGCGCAUCUUAGCUCUCGAGACAUCAGCGUUGUGGUCCCGCAUUUGCCUGAUGGGUGAUGAGGGUCUAGAUUAUGUCAAAGCAUACUUGCAAAGGUCUCAAUCUCGUCCCUUUACGGUCGUCCUCAACUUCUAUGAGUACGCCAACGACAGACUCUGGAGUGAAUAUAGGACGACAGAAUGGCUCAACUGGAGACCAUAUCUAGAGCUCAUAUUCCCGCAGGUUCAUAGAUUGCAGGGACUGGCCAUUUUUACGUGCCAUUCAGAGGUCAUCCAAGGAGUCGUGGGAUUUCUUCAUAACGUCCCUGCUCCUCGCCUGGAAUAUCUCCAGAUAUGCAAGGCAGUCAACCCGUUGGAUAGACGAGCGGGCGACAAUGCACACCCCACUUUCAUCCUUGCCGCUCCCACCCUGACGCAUUUACGCACGACAAACGUUGUCUUACCCUAUCCAUUUUCAAUCACAAUCGGACUGCGCGAGCUGUAUAUCUCCUUCGCGGCAACGCAGAGGCCCCUCAGCCACACUGAUCUCCAAAGUCUCUUCAGCGCGUCUCCCGCACUUCAGAAACUAACCUUGGGAUGUACGCCUUUCUUGCGAAACGCAACAGAUGGGGCCGCGCCUCCUCUCUGUGCGCCUGCUCUUCGCCAUCUAUCGCUAGAUGAGGUUGAGCACUCCCUUGACAUACUGUCUAACAUCCAGUUUCCGCAGCUGGUUUCGCUCGAAUUGUACGCCUUGUCACAGACCCGGUGGGAGGAGCUUCUUCAGCAAAUACCCGUGCGAGGACAAUCAAUGGUCUUCCCUAAAGUCACCCGCUUAGCCAUCAUGAAAAUGGACGUCAACAUGGUAUCGACGACUCUAGGUGAUGCAUUUCCCGCCCUUACGCAUCUGGACCUGCAUCAGUCAGAAGCCGGUCCAUUCUUGAACUUGAUCGCAACGAAUGGGAGCUUCCUGGAUCGUGGAGGACUAUACGUCCUCAAACCCAGAGUUUGGCCUCAUCUUUCGAUCUUGAACUUGAUCGCAACGAAUGGGAGCUUCCUGGAUCGUGGAGGACUAUACGUCCUCAAACCCAGAGUUUGGCCUCAUCUUUCGAUCUUGACUGUCAGCAAGAUGAACGCCAAAUAUGAUCUUUUAUCCCAAGCAGUGGCAACCCGCCAGAAGCUUGGCACACCCAUCAAAUCUCUUCAAUUGUCCCGCACGCUCGCGCUGCCUUUCGGGAUUGUCCAGAGUUUAAGGGACAUGACUGCAACGGAGGCUGUUGAUGUCAGCGAGGACGAUCCUUUUGAUGACUUCGAGAAUUAUGGUGAAGUCGGCCCCAACCGACUCAUGCAACAGCCGUACUGCCCUCGCUGUAAUGCCUCUGAAUGAUCAGACCUACAUAGUUGGCUGUGGCAGUCCUUUUCUUUCAUUAACAGUGUACAUUCUGUCACCUUAGUACUAUUCACGGACGAAUCACUGUUGCUUGCUAUAUGAUAUUGUCGUAACAUUCGUCAAGCAUACUCCUAGUAGUAAGCUAUUGCUCUAUAUCCCAAUCCCCUCUAAUAAUACAGUACGAGCACUUGCUUAUAACAUCACCAGGAUUCCGACAACAGUUGAAUACUUUUAUAGAUAGUAUCUGAAGUUGGGAUGUCUACAAAGGUUGGGUUCAGUAUG